AUGUCGGAAGGUGCAAUCAUGUACCCGAUGCCCUCCGGGGACCCCUCCGUAGCCACGAUGGUCCUCUCAUCAGCGUGGACCAUGGCUUCGGUGUCGACCAUCUUCCUGGGUCUCCGCCUCUACUGCCGGGCCGCGCGGACGCGGAAGAUGUGGUGGGACGACUACCUACUUUUGAUCGGCUGGAUGUUCCUGAUCCUGGCGGACAUACUGCAGACGGUCAUCUACCGGAGGGGGUACCUGGUCACGACGCUGACGGGGCCGGUGAUCAUGCCGGCGAACCUGGCUUCCGACACGGCGAUGAAGCUCUCACUGGCUUUCAGCAAGACCUCGUUCGCGCUCACGCUGUGCAGGUUUACGAGCGGGUGGGCGAGGUGGCUGGUCAUCGUGGUUGCGUUCGUGAUGGACGCGAUGUGUGUUGCGCACUCGGUGCUGGUGUGGAGAGCGAACUGCGGCGCGCCGGAUCCGCAUACGUUUCAACCGUCACUUACCGACUUCAUCUUGGCCAUGAUCCCGAUCAAGGUUGUCUGGGGGUUGCAAAUGAUCAAGCGUGAAAAGGCUGGUGUGGCAAUUGCCAUGGGCAUUGGUUGCUUGCAGUUCAAGGCUGAUAUCGACUGCGUAGUCUCCCGUCGACUCGCGGUUCUAAGCAUCUGGAUCCACGCCGAGCCCAACGCCACCAUCAUAGCCGCGUCCAUCCCAGUGCUGCGUGUUCUCCUCCGGGACGCCAGGGCUUACUACGCGCGAAAGUACCGCUCGGGCAGCAAGUAUCUCAAAUCCGAGGGCGAGUUCCAGAGCGGGACUACUUCGCGUGCUGCGGCCAGAGCAUCGGGCCACAUCAGCGACGACGGGAGUGAGGCGAUUAUACUGCAAGGGGGCAAGGUGCGGAAUACGGUUGAGAUCACGUCAGGAGGAGUAGAAACUGUGUUUGAAAUGAACGAUCGUUGGGAUCGCCGUAAUUAG